AUGUCGCUUGUCCGCGCUUUCACCACCAGACGGGCUGCCCGCAACAACAAGUCAGACUUGAACCGCACUGCCAGUCAGCGCACACAGCGUCCCAAGAUCUCUGGACCCAUCGAGUUGAUCUCGACGACGAACACCCUGGCUCAUGAGGCUCCUGAUAUCUUUGGAACCAAGCCUAUCGCUUUCAAGGCAGGAGUCCUUCAAUCCUCGUCCAGCUCCAACAGCCUGAGCUCGCUUGAGUACAGCGAUUCUAGCAGUAUCGGUCACCGUUCAGGAGGCACCUUCACCGACGCUUCUUCUUUUGAGGAGUCACCACUUUCUCCCGAGCCCAACCACUUGAGCUGCUACUUCAAGCCUUCGGUCUACGAUGAAGCCACGCAGCACAGUCGUCAAACUUCUGUCAACUCGUUCCACCGUACUUCAACCAGCGAUGUUGCUCCUGUUCUUCCUCAACGUGCACCUUCGCACAGCAAGCGUGCUCACCAAUUGAGUCACAAGCGAUCAGUCUCGCGCGUGAACCCUCCCUCAUUCCCCGAGGACGCUUUUGUCACCAGAGAUUCGACCGACUUCUUCCGUGCUUCUGGCCCAACUUCGCCUCACCCGUUCGGCAAAGAGCUCGAACAGCUCAAUGAAGUCGCCGAGGAAUUUGGCACAACAGUCCGUGACGUCGAGGCCGAUGCAGACCGUGUAUUCAUGGAUGCCCAUGGCCUGGAUCACUUCUCUGCCGACGACUACAUGAUGGAAAUCGCAGACAUGCUCAACGUCAUCUUCGAAGACGAGCCGACACCGUACGAAGAGGCUGGAUGGAUCUAA